UACUUUUAAAUACGUAUUAGUCGGAGACUCGGAGAGGCCAGUUCGAUCAAUGUCAUUGCUUAAAGAAUUCUUAACAGGUUCUAGCGUUGAUCCAAGCAGCUCAGUGCAGUUAAACUUUGUCUAACUUUAUAACAUGUUUUGUGGUCCUGUGCAAAGCUGAAUUAAAUAGAGUGGCGGCUAUUAAGCCUUAGGUAUUGUGUAUCGUUUGCUGAUGAAAUCCGUAUGGAGUUGAUUUGAAAGUGUGUUGCCAUUCGCAAUCGGACCGUCAUAACACCGCAACCGCUUGCUUUUGUCGUAACUUUUCAAGGGUACCUCACCCGGUGCUACCACAAAAAAAUCCCACAUUUCUCUGAUUGGAGAUAUUGGCGUCAUUCUCGCGACGUCUUCGUGGUGCCGCUCGACCACUGAAAGGUCAAUUGCGAUAAUCAGAGUGGUGAAAAGAACAUUGCAUAAUUAGGUGGUUCUCUAUUUGAAUUGGUGUUUACCCUAUAUUCGACGACAUCAUCCGUGGUGCUAUUCCGAUUGUCUUCAGUGAGCACCAUCUUCCUUCGAGGAAGCAAUCAUGAGUGGAGAAAGUGCAACUUCUAACGAUGCACAGGCCAGUUCGUCUCAAACAACCUCGCCAGCUACAAAUGGUUGGACGCAGAGAAAAACAGAAGAAAUUGAAAUUCCUGUUCCAUGGGGCAUCGUAGCUGGCAAAUGGUGGGGUCCCCGGAACAAGCAACCCGUGUUGGCCAUCCACGGUUGGCAGGAUAAUGCAGGGACAUUCGACCGGCUAUGCCCGUUACUACCGGAUGAGAUUCCAAUCUUGGCCAUUGAUCUCCCUGGACACGGAAAAUCGUCACAUUAUCCCGUAGGAAUGCACUACUACAUCUUUUGGGAUGGGAUCGCGUUGAUUCGACGAAUUGUAAAACAUUUUGCGUGGUCUAACGUAAUAUUGAUGGGUCAUUCGCUAGGUGGAGCGCUAAGCUUCAUGUACGCUGCGGCCUACCCGGACCAGGUAGAAUCUUUUAUCAGUAUUGACAUAGCUGGUCCACCGGCACGUGAUCACAGGGAGCAAGCCGCUAAUUUGGGCGAGUCGAUCGACCGAUUUUUACACUACGAAAAAUUGCCUGAAUCCAAGACGCCUUGCUACAAGUACGAAGAUGCCGUUGAUGUUGUUCAUGCCGCCUACGAGGGAUCCGUUGACAUGCAAUCGGUAGAGAUACUGAUGCGAAGAGGUAUGUCAUCAGCAUUGGCCCGUUUUAAUAAACCGGGAUACUAUUUUGCCCGAGAUCUUAGACUGAAAGUGGCUUUGAUGGGCAUGUUGGGAUUAGAGCAAGUUAUAGCUCAUGCAGAGAAAAUCAAGUGUAGAGUUCUAAACAUACGAGCAGAUCCUGGCAGGACGUGGGAAAACCCCGAGUAUUAUCCCAGUGUUAUUGAAGCGAUGAAGAAAUCUGCACGCGAGGUGAUAUACCUUCAAAUCCCUGGAACGCAUCACAUCCAUCUCGUCAACCCAGAGAGAAUAUCGAUCCACGUUACACGCUUCCUGAUUGAACAAUAAUGAAAUCUAUCUGCUAAAUAGUUCUAUUGUCCUUAGGAUAUAUUCCAAAGAAGUGCACAGCUAUUGAAAAUUUCAUGCACAUUUUAACGUACAACGCAACUCAAACUGUUGAUAGUUUUUUCCUGUUGUAGAAAUAUUCUCAAAUCUAGGCAAAUGAUUUAACAUCAACUGCAGGUCAACAUAAAACAUAGUAUAAACAUUAGUUUAGGAAGUUUUUGAUAAGGGUUCGGUGAUAUUUUGAGUAAAUCAGUUCAAGUGCUACAAAUC